CAAGGAGAAAUGGCCCCAGGAAACCACUCCACAGUGACUGAGUUCGUCCUGGCAGGACUAACGGAGAAGCCAGAGCUCCAGCUGCCCCUCUUCCUCCUCUUCCUGGGGAUCUACGUGCUCACGGUGUUGGGGAACCUGGGCAUGAUCGUGCUGAUCGCGCUCAGUUCUCACCUGCACACCCCCAUGUACUAUCUCCUCAGCAGUCUCUCCUUCAUCGACCUCUGUCAUUCCACCGUCAUCACCCCCAAAAUGCUGGUGAGCUUUGUGGCAGAGAACACCAUCUCCUACCCGGAGUGCAUGGCUCAGCUCUACUUCUUCCUUGUCUUUGUUAUCGCCGAGUGCCACAUGCUGUCUGCCAUGGCCUACGACCGCUACGUGGCCAUCUGUAAGCCCUUGCUCUACAAUGCCACCAUGUCCCGUGGAGUCUGUGCCUGGAUGGUGGCUGGUGUGUACAGCGUGGGGUUGAUUGGUGCCACGGCUCACACUGUCUGCAUGCUGAGAGUGAAUUUCUGUAGGGCAAAUACAAUAAACCAAUACUUCUGCGACCUUUUCCCUCUCCUGGAACUCUCCUGUUCCAGUAUUUUUAUUAAUGAAACAGUAGUUCUGUGUUUAAGCACUUUUAAUAUCUUUGUGCCGACCCUCACCAUCCUGGGCUCCUACAUCUUCAUCAUCGCCAGCAUCCUCCGCAUUCGCUCUGCCCAGGGCAGGUCCAAGGCCUUCAGCACCUGCAGCUCCCACCUCUCUGCCGUUUCUCUGUUCUUUGGUUCUCUGGCGUUCAUGUACCUGCGCCCCUCCUCCAUCAGCUCCAGGGACCAUGGAAAAUUGUCUUCUGUGUUUUAUACUACUGUUGUUCCGAUGCUGAACCCACUGAUCUACAGCCUGAGAAAUAAGGAUGUCAAAAUGGCCCUAAGUAAGUUUUGUGCAAAAAGAAUAUCCAUAUAA